UCUCUCUCCAUCUCCUUCCCUCCAUGUUCAGUGGUGUACGAGCAUCGCUCCAGGUUAGAGAAGUCUCUUCAGAAGGAGCGCUUGGAGCAUAAAAAGGCCAAAGAAGAUUAUCUGGGUUAUAAACUUGAUGCACAACAGUCACUGAACAAGGAGAAGCAAGACUCCGGCAACAGAUUCAGUUCUCUACAAGUGCAGCAUCAGAUGCUAAAGAACCAGCACGACGACCUGAAGAAGCAGUUCUAUGACCUGCAGGAGCAGCACCAGGUCCAAGGCGAGGACCACAACCGGCUGCUGGACGAACACAAAGAGCACUACGAGCAAGUGCAGCAGGUCAAAGAGUCCGAGAUCUCCCACCUCAAAGAUAAUGUCUACAACCUGAGAGAGGAAAAUAAGCAGCUGAGGAAAGCCCACCAUGACAUCCACACACAGCUACAGGAUGCACAGGUCCAGCAUCAGAACCUGAAGUCUUCCCACGACCACCUCGCACUGACACUGGAAGACCACAAGAGUGCACUGGCUGCAGCUCAGAUGCAGGUGGAUGAAUACAAGCAGGUGAGGGAGUCCCUGAACCGGGUGGCUAAUCUGAGACAGCCGGAACAAAACCCUGCCCCCCCCCAGCAGCCGCAAGCAGCCGCCAUUGCGCCCGAGUCCCAAAUUCAUGAAGCCCAGCAGGCCACAGUGCUGGAACAGCCACAGAAAGGGGAGCACGCCCACGAGGACGAUCACCAGGUUCACCCGAACACAGAGUCCAAGCUGGACCAUCAAGUGGAGGAGAUCAAGUCCCACCCCACCGUAUCCCAGCAGGAGGAUGGAGAGGGAGAGGCUGAGAGGAAGAGGGAGCUGGCGGAGGAAGAGAUGGCUCAAGCAGGACAACCUCAGAAGCUGGAGGAGGACCCGGACCAGCCACAGGACGAAGAGGAGGAGCCAGAACAGGAACAGCCGGACGAGAACGCCCUGGACCGACAGAGACGCCAGCCACAACCGGGCCUCCAUCCGGAGCAGCAGGAGGAGGCGCACGCCCAGGUGGAGCGCGUGAAGUCUGCCUACGAGCAGCAGCAGGAGCAGCAGCGUCUGGAGGCCCAGCGGGCCGAGGAGCGCAGGCAGGUCCAGACGAGGCAGGAUGCCCUGAAGGUCCAGAGAGACCAGGUGCUGAAGGAGAGGGAGCAGAGGCUGAAGCAGGAGCAGGAGAGAGAGAAGCAGCAGCACAAGGAGGCCGACAGGCGGGAGCAGCUGCUGAGAGAGGACCACCAGAGGAAAAGAACCAAUUAUGAGAAUAUGGGGAACGAUAUUGUUGAAGGAGAAGAGGACCGUCACACUGACGAUGAAGAAGACACUCACAUGAUACACGAGGAGGAGGAGGAGAAUCAAGAGGCGGAUCACAGAGUACCACCACAUAAGCAGGGUGGUGCAGGUGAUCUGGACCCCGAGGACGACCCCAACAACCAGGGAGAGGACGAGUUUGAGGAGGCUGAGGACGACCGGCCGGAGCACAGGGUUGUACGAGAGGAGGAUGAGGAGGAGGACGGGGUGGUGGAGGAGGAAGAGGAGCCGGCAGCAGCAGCAGCAGCAGCGGCAGCCAAGCACAAAGACACGCGCUCAGGCCCCAAACAACCUGCCCUGGAGGAGGAACUGGUGCUGGCUGGAAACCCGGAUCAACAGGAAGACGCGCUGGACGACCAGUACCAGGAGGGAGUAGAGGACGAUGUCCAGGAGGACAUAGCUGGUGGACAGAGGAGAGAGGAGGAGGUGGAGGAGGAAGGAGAGAAUCCAUAUAACGAGGAGAACAUGGACCAGGAUGACGUAAAAACCAAUGAGGGACCAAGACACGAGGGGGGAAAGGACGGGGAUUACAGAAAAGAGGGCGAGAAUAACGAGGAAGAGCAUUACGAAGAGGAAGAUGAGGACGUGGAGGUGGACACGGCUGGUCUAGAUAAGGGAACCAAUCGGAGGGCAGAGAUGUAAGACGGAAGCAGACGAGUCGCAGUGCCUUUUCGGCUGCCCUUAGAGCCUGUCGGGUCUUUCUUUCCCUUGUUUCCCCAAAGGAAUAAAACCAGCUAUCCGUUCACAAUCCCAAUUAGGAAAAUUGGGAUAUUAUGCCUGGAAGAUAAGAUGCCAUUGCGAACUCUGUGGGGAUGGAACUGAGCGUCUCUCACUGUGGAAAUGGACAGAAUAUGUCGGGACGGAAAGCGGAUGCGUACUGUAUAUUUUCUUUUUAUUCAAUUGCUUUUCUGUCUGCCUGAUUGCCUGCUUCUGUUUUUCAGAGCAGACAGGCAGAGAAUGUAUUUCUACCAUGUGCUGUCUUUGAGUAUGUGUAAAGAAAGCAAAGAUAAAUGACGUUAUUCAUGUUCAGGCCUUUAUAUGUAUGUGUUAUGCAAACGGCUGUAUACUUUAUAGAGCUCAAAUUUUAAUCUUGCAUUCCAAUCGAUCGAGUCGUUUUCUGUUAUUUAUUGUUGAUUGUAACAAUUCUGACAAUCGUAAAAAAAAAAAAAAAAAAAGAUGCAACGUUUUUUAUAUUUUUUUUUAUUUCCCCCGCCUGAACUAGUUUGUCAUAAUAGCUUUUACCAACUAUCUGAAGCCAUGGAGUAUUUUCACUGGAUGUUGCCAGUCCAAAAGACAUUGUGUGCUGAAAGUGUCACACUGACAUGUGCCUUCCAUUAUUGGAAACCCACUCUAGGUCUUGGUCAUUUCACAUUUGAAAAAACGACACCAUUUUAAUAGGACAGGAGAGAUAAGGGUGUAUAAGUUAGUGCUGAGCCUUAAACGGGGCUUUUUCAUGUCGACUGCUGUCGUGAAUUCAAUUCACAAACCUAAUGCGAUUUCCUCAAGUCUUUAUUCUACUGUACCAUGUAUAGUAAAACAAAUGUUGACAGUUUGUACUAUUUCCCCGCCAGAUAUAUUUGAUACAAAAAGUGGGACUUUGAUUGCAUUGAACCAUGUGUGGA